AUGCAAUCGCUCAUUCUAGAUCGCCAAUGUGGUCGGAUAACUCCACAUGAGUUCCUUACCACUGUGACUGAAGCGUUAUACAGCAGUCUACGACAGGUAGAUACUGAAGACAAGACGUUUCCUACAAACUGCCAUGGAGGCGCUGCCGUGAACAGUUUAGCUUUGGAAAAUUCUGAUUAUAGGUACUUGCUAAGUGGAUGUGCUGACUCUUCACUUAAGCUUUGGGACCUUAGUCCUGAGGAUGAAGAGGAAGGAGAGGUAGCUGGAGAGUAUAGGACGUUGGCCGUGAUACCGAGGAAAGCCGUCCAUGAAUAUGGUAUCUCUGCAGUAAAAUGGUGGCCGUUUGAUACGGGCCUUUUCACUACGGCUUCUUUUGACCAUACGGUUAAGAUAUGGGAUACGAAUAACCUUGAAGUGGCCCAUACGUUCGACUUGACGAGUCGAGUUUACUCAAUUGCCAUUAGUGCAAGUAAACAGAACGACUUUUCAGCUCAGGCUACGAUUGCUGUGGCGAGUGAUCAGCCGUUCAUCAGACUACUAGAUCUAAGAGCAGGCUCUAGUGCACAUACAUUACCAGGCCACAAGGGAAAGACAUUGGCUGUAGAUUGGCAUCCGAACUAUCCAUACCUACUUGCCCUGGGUGGUUACGACGGCGAGGCAAAAGUCUGGGAUAUACGAAGAAGCGAUAGUUGCCUAUGUCGCCUUGAUCUGACGAAAACUAACGAAAGGGAUUUGCAAACUGACUGGCUCAAUCUCAAAUCUGAAGCAGUCAAGGCUCACGCUGGUCCUGUGAACGCUGUUCUUUGGGACGAACUUGGAACAACCUUAUACACUGCUGGAAAUGACGAUAAGGUACGCGUCUGGGAUAUGGUAUCCACCAGAGCACCUCCUCUUAACAAAUUGGUGAACUAUGGACCAUUGACGAGAAAUAAGUACCUCCAGUCGCUUCCUUUAAUGCUCAGUCCAAGGAAUGAAACAGAAGUCCAGCAUCUAUUAUUCCCGUCUGAUAAUGGUGAUGUAUUGGUAUUCCGGGCUGCAGACGGUAAGCUUGUUAAACGACUCCAAAGAAGUUCUCAUGCCAAUGCAACUCGUACAGCAUCAAUGGUAUAUGCUGGUCCAUAUUCGGUGAAGUACUUCUGUGGUACCAUGGAUGGAGAAAUUCUAGUAUGGAAAGGUGGACACCGGAUUGGCGAAAGAAUAUUUGAGGAACCAGAAGGUGAAUAUGAAGAGCUCGAAGCCAAGUUGUUUGCGAAGAAAGAUAAUAAAGCAGCUCGUGAAAAGCUCUACGAUGAUCCAUACUUUCAGAGCUCUGUGGGGCAAGUGUGCGAUGCUCUUAUAAAAAGAUAUAAUAAGCUUUAUCCAGAGGCUGAUAAAUUGCAGAUCGAAGGGAUCCAAGAUAAUGACCGAUGUGACUUGGACCCUGACUUUGCUGCUGAAGACGUGUUUGUGUCUGGAGACGUGGUUCGUGUGCUUGUUGAUAACUUACUACCGACUUACUCGAGAGAGACAUCUAUGAUUCUUCCUGAUAUCACCACCACGGGAGCGGACGAAAGCAAUGCUUCGAAAAGACGUGCGGACUCGACUGAACUUAAUGAUUCUCGUUUGUUGAAGAAAUCUCGAACCAUUUGGGGAAUCCGUCAGGAAUCUCCUGCUGAGGCUGCUGAAAAAUCGGUUUCUGGUGGUUCUGUCCCUGAGUCAGCAUCCAGCAAAUCUCCAGUGUUAUUGCCUCCUCCAACACAGCAUCAAACUCCUGGGUCCAAGAUAAUACCUCAGAAGAAACCUUCUCCUACAUCUACUUCUGGCAGAAGAAUUACAUCUGGUAUGCUUAAGCUACCUGCCGAUUCAGCUGAUGAAACUAGCACCAGCAAAGAGAACGACCAAAGCAAAACUCCACAAGCAGAGAACCAGAGGCAAUCCCCUGAUCACGAAGAAAUAGACGAUGGCACGGACAGCGAUGAUCUGGUAUCCAAUAGACUGCUCAAGCUCCAUAAAAGAGGUGAAAAGGGCCAAAACGAUCAAGGUACACAGCAGUCUUCAGCUACGAAAUUGGCUCCCCCUCCAUCUGUACCUACCAAGACGCCAUCUAAAAAGGAACCACUUAACACUCUGACUCCUUAUCAUAAUAAUCAACAACCUCCUCAUCCUCCAGCGCCUGCUUCCCAAACACCAUCGACGAACUACCCUACAGCGCUGGGAGCUCCCCCUCCUUCUCAUCCUUCACAGCAAGCUCCCCCACCUCAUAUGAUGAAUCAAGCUCCACCAAAGGCGCCUUCGAAUAACUAUCCGAGAUAUGCUCAUACACAACCACAACUUCCACCGGGGGUGCCCGAUUCUAAUCUCAAUAAUCUUCAAUCACGGUUGAUGCAUACUGGCCCUCAACAACCACUUCCUAACAAUAAUCAGGAUCUACAACAAACUAGACAGCCGCCGUUUUAUGGAACAUACUACUCCCCUUACCCGCCGAGUCAAAUUCCGUAUGGCGUUCCUCCUCAUAUCCCUCAACCUCAAAUUCCAAGUCAGGCGAGAAAUUCACCUGUGUUCUAUAGGUGGACACCGCCAGCGAAUCCUCCCCCUGGUCAACCUGGCCAGGAUGGACAAUCUCGUCCACCUGCUGGACAGAGUCCUCCACAAACUGUUCCAUCCCCAGCAGUCGUCCAGUCACAAGGUGCCAGCCAAGCUCUGACUGCCUCUCCUCAGGGCGUUGCACCAGCUAUAAAUCAACAUAUUCAUGUCCAAUCACCUUCGACUCUGGCUGAUUUAUCAACGUCAUCAACUCGUCAAUUCCCUAUCACCAGCCCUGCUGAAGAUCAAAUGAUGCAAGCUAGCAUUAAAAGAAAGAUAGAUGAGAAGGUGGACGAUGCAAUGAAGCGCCAGGAGUACCUCAAGAAGCAGGGUGUUGGAAGGAUAAGAGAGGAAGAACGUAAGGAGGAAGAGAGGAAAGCCGCUGAAGAAAGAAGGAGACAAGAAGAGCAAAGACGGAUGCAAGAGGAAAUGAAGAAGGCCGAGGAGAACCGUAUUUUGAAGCCUGCUGAAGAGUUAAAGAGACAGGCCGAGCUUCUAGCGCAGGAACAGCAAUGGAGAGAUAAGGAAAUCCUGAUGCAGAAAGAAUUGAAAGAACGUGAAGAGUUUCUCAAGAAGAAGGAAGAGCUUCGACAGCAAGAGAAGAGGAAGGAGGCCAUUUUACGAAAGCAAGAUGAUCUUAGGCGUCAAGCUGAAUUGCAGAAGCGAGUCGAGAGAGAGCAAGAAGCUGCUAUUCGUGAACAAGCUCAUACUGCGAAGGUUCUUCAGGAGAAGGUGAAUAAUAGUGCCAAUUUAGACGCAAACAAGAAGUCUAAUGAAGGUGGCCCUGCGCUCCAUUUGUUUGAUGUGUCCAAGGCUGUUCCCAGCAAUGCAACUAUGAGACCUGCUAGUGGUUUGCGUGGGCUUACCCCUACAGUUGCAGUUCUGCCUCGUCCGGAUGAUCUCGAAAAUAACACUAAUGGAUCGACUGCUGCCCAAGAGACAUCAACAAAUAAAGAUGCUGGGGAUGAAGCGCAAAGUAAUGCCAAUCAAGCUGACGACCAUGACAGUGCUUCUUUGAGCAAAGGUGAAAUCAUGUCUAUCUUUAAAAACAACAUGAGAGUACCUAACAAGAUCAAUAAGAAGCUUGCAGUUUCACCGCCUAAUAACGAUGCAUUCAUGGCCCAAGAAGAGGAGCAAAAGCGUCGGAUUCGUGAAGAAAACAUUGCUCGCCAUGCUGCUGAACUUGAAAGUAGGCGCCGGAGUGCUACAACUGUGCCUCAACCAACGACAAGAAGCUUAAGGUCUCGUGUUACAAUUGGAGGGGUGCCAAACUUCGAUACCAACUUGGAUAACCUUGAGGACGAAAGAGAGAAAGAGAAGGAAAAAGUCAAAGAGAAACGUGCUAACGCUUUGCCUGCCCCAUUUAAUGACUUUGCUAGCAAAUCCAAACUUUCUUCUAUUUACGUGAAAAUGAAGAAGUUGGAUGCAAGGCUUGACAAGCAGAAUGAAGAACUGCUUCCCAAGAAGGUGAAAACUGAACCAUCGACGCCAACACUCCAACGCACAGAAGAUGUCCUGGAAACCGCAGAUGAUCAUAAUGGACAGCAGAGUACCUUAAAGAAGUUGCAAGCUGCCGCUGAGGAUGAGUCUGAUGAAAACCAAUCGAAUGAGGCCUCUGAACAAGAUGCUUCUCCCGAACAGGAAUCGGAAGAGGAGGAGGAAGAGGAGUCUGAUGAGGAAGAGGAAGAUGAAGAGGAAAUGCCAGAUGUCGAGAUGCGAGACGCCGCAGCUGCCACAAGUAGCUCGGAAGAUGACGCUUCUGGUGCACAAGAAUCAUCUAGUGACAGUGACGAGGUUGCAAGUGCUACUCCUGAGGUCCGUGCCCCAAUCAAAGCUAAUGGAAAGCAAAAGUCAAGGGCCAUUUCAAGUGUGGAUGCUACUACUGGUGAUGUCAGCAAGCCUCGCAGGGGAAGGCCAAGAAAGGAAGUGGCUCGUACCCCAGCUGGUACACAAGCAAGAGGCUCUUUAAGAACAAGAUCAGCAGGCCCUGAGGUAAUUGACUUGGAUUCAUCAAGUGAUAGUUCGGGCAGUGAAGAAAACGAUGUCGAUGUCGAUGACGAUGACGAGGAUGAUGCUGUUGCCGUUGCCGAAUCUGAUAAGGAAGAUGAUGAGAACGAGUCUAAAUCACCCCUGGAUGCUCCUGAAGAGAAAGCUACUGAAGAGGCUACUGAAGAUGCUGCUGCUAACAAGGAAGACAAGUCGGAGAAAAUUGUCGAAGAGCCGAACAAGACUGCUGACGACGCUGAGGAGAUCGAAGACCAGGACAUGGAUGAAUCACAAGCUUCAGACUCGCAUUAUUCCGAUGCUGCAACUCUGGCUCCAGAAAGCGAGAAGAAUGCUGGCGACGAGAAAAGGGCUGGCCAAGAAGAGGAAGCUGAAGUCGAUAACAACCACGAGGCUUCUGAAGAUAUUGUCGAAAUAAGGUCGAAAUCUGGUUCGGUGAUACCUGACGUUAUUUCAGACGCCAGUGAAUCCAGUGCAAGUGAAGAGGAGAAGAGUGAAGAGGAAGGUCCCUCUACUGGAGUGGCUGAGAAGUCGCCAAUUCAGGAUUCUGCAAAGAGCGUCACGCCUGUCGAAGUUUCUGGCGAGGAGAAGAAAGAUAAUGUUGCUUCUGUUGCUGUUAAUGUCUCUCCUGACAAAACUGCUGCUAAAUCACCUCUCAAGCCUUCUCAGGAAGCUGAAUCAACGACCGAGUUAUCAGCUAAGCGUAAAAACCUGGCUGAGAGAAAGGGCUCUCAAAAUGCAAUCAAGAAGCCAAAGCUCGAGCUUAUGCCUGAAGAGAAAAAAGAAUCUAAAGCAGAGGUUGUCAUAUCAUCUUCUGAGUCGUCUGAGUCUGAGUCUGAGUCAUCUUCGGGCUCCUCGUCGUCGUCUUCUUCUUCUGAGUCCGAGUCCGAAGCCGAAGACAAAGCCGAAGCUGAAGUUUCCAAGGUCGCUCCUCCCGCUAAGGUACCUAACGAUACUCCUGGAAGCAAUAAUGACUCUGGCAUAGACACUAAGCCAAGACGUGUCAAGAGAGUACUUUCUUCAGACCUGGAUUCAAGUUCAUCUUCAGACAAUGCUUCCGAUGAAAAGCCCGCUUCUAAACCCGUACCCAAGCCGGAUUCUAAGUCGGAUUCGGAUUCGGAUUCCAGUUCUGAUUCGGGGUCUAGCUCAAGUGACGAAAGCGAUUCCCUGUCCGAGUCUGAAGAUGAACCAAAGACCAAAAAGAAACUGCCCGCUCUUGCUAAAACGGCCUUGCAGAGAGUGCCUAGUCUUGUCAGUUCCCGUAUGGUAAACAAAAAGUUUGGUUCGCUUGCAAAGCCAACUGCAAAACCAAUCAAAGCAGUUUCUCCACCAGCGCCUAGACUGAGUGAAGGCGUGAGAACGAUUUCUGUGGAAACACCAUUUUCCAAGUCGUCAGAUGAAGAUGGCAAAACGAAAUCCAAGCCGUCUUCACCACCGAAACCUACACCUCGGGUUGCAUUACCAAAACUCACAUCUCUUAGCGACUUGCAGAAGCGAGGAGUUCCCGACGUGCGUGAUUCGAAGGACAAGAAUAAUACUGAACCGAAGAAGCCGGCUCCAAAAGAAGCUGAGUCAUCCGAAUCAGAACUGGAUUCACUGGGCUCAGACUCAGAUUCGGACUCAGACCUGAGCGAUGAAUCUUCUUCAGAUGACGAGGAGUCAAACUUUGCAAGCGUGAAGAAGCUCUCCGGAGAUAGUGAGGGAGAGAAGAAGAAUAAAAAGAAAAAGAAGGGUUUCCAGUUCACGAGUUUGGUGAGAGAUUCCAACAAAAAGUAA